AUGGAGGCAAAUGAUCAUUUUAACUUUACUGGCCUUUCCUCUGCACCUGCUGCCUCAGGACUGAAACCCUCUCCUUCUUCAGGGGAGGGCCUCUACACUAACGGGUCUCCCAUGAACUUCCCUCAGCAAGGGAAAAGUUUGAAUGGGGAUGUGAAUGUUAAUGGCUUAUCUACUGUAUCUCACACUACUACUUCAGGGAUUUUGAACUCUGCUCCCCAUUCCUCCAGCACCUCACACCUCCAUCACCCCAACGUGGCCUAUGAGUGUCUCUGGAACUACUCACAAUACCCAUCUGCCAAUCCUGGCAGCAACCUCAAGGACCCACCCCUUCUUUCCCAGUUCUCUGGGGGACAAUACCCAGUCAACGGCAUCCUUGGGGGCAACCGGCAACCUUCAUCACCAAGUCACAACACUAACCUACGGGCUGGAAACCAAGAGUUCUGGGCCAAUGGUACCCAGAGUCCCAUGGGGCUUAAUUUUGACUCACAGGAACUGUAUGAUUCCUUUCCUGACCAGAAUUUUGAGGAGGUAGGCAGUGGUAUCCAUAAUGAUGAGACAGGAGAAAAAGAGUUGACUUCUGUGGUGACAGAGAAUGGCACCGGCUUGGUAGGCAGCUUGGAGCUGGAAGAAGAGCAACCAGAACUGAAGAUGUGUGGUUAUAAUGGAUCCAUCACUUCUGUAGAAUCAUUGCACCAAGAAGUCUCAGUCCUGGUUCCUGAUCCUUCAGUGAGCUGCUUAGAUGAUCCUUCACAACUUCCUGAUCAACUGGAAGACACUCCAAUCCUCAGUGAGGAUUCUUUGGAGCCUUUUAAUUCUCUGGCAUCAGAGCCAGUGAGUGGAGAACUCUAUGGUAUAGAUGAUACAGAACUGAUGGGUGAAGAGGACAAGCUGCCUCUAGGGGACAGCCCUGUGAUUUCUGCCCUUGAUUGCCCUUCACUCAAUAACAACACUGCCUUCAGUCUCCUGACAGAUGAUAGUCAGACUUCAGCUUCUAUCUUUGCUAGCCCAACAUCUCCACCUGUCUUAGGUCCUGUCCUGCAAGAUAACAGCUUUGAUUUGAAUAAUGGUAGUGAUACAGAACAGGAAGAAAUGGAGACUCAGGCAACUAACUUCCCGGGAUCCCUGACUCAGCUCGCCCCUGACCAGCCAUCCACCAUUCAUCUGCACCCAGCAACUUCACCAGCAGAGUCACCAUCUGUGUCCACAGAAAUCUCGUUGGCUGUUUCUCCAGCAGCCUCUCCAGACAUCUCCGCAGCAGCUUCUCCAGCAGCCUUUCCAACAAUGUCUCCACCUUCCUCAACAGCUCUUCCAACCGUCUUCUCAGAGGCCUCUCUGACAGCCUCCCCAGUGACCUCCUCAAAAACCUCCCCUGCAGCUUCCCCAGUAGCUACGUGCCCAACAACCUCCCCAACAAAUAAAAAUGUCAGCAGCUUUCCUGAAACCACUGGUGACCUGGAAGAGAACACUGGAGAAGGAAUCACUGCCAGUAGUGGUGAUGUCCUAAGGAGACGUAUUGCUACCCCAGAAGAAGUUCGUCUUCCCCUCCAGCAUGGGUGGCGGAGAGAGGUGCGCAUCAAGAAGGGCACCCACCGGUGGCAAGGGGAGACCUGGUAUUAUGGCCCCUGUGGGAAAAGGAUGAAACAGUUCCCAGAAGUGAUCAAGUACCUUAGCCGCAAUGUAGUACACAAUGUUCGCCGUGAACACUUCAGCUUCAGUCCUCGAAUGCCUGUUGGAGAUUUCUUUGAAGAGAGAGACACACCAGAGGGUGUGCAGUGGGUGCAACUCUCAGCAGAGGAAAUCCCAUCCAGGAUUCAGGCAAUUACUGGUAAACGGGGUCGACCACGAAACACUGAGAAGGCCAAGACCAAAGAGGUCCCCAAAGUAAAACGGGGCCGAGGUCGGCCACCCAAGGUCAAAAUCACUGAGCUAUUAAAUAAGACAGACAGCCGCCUUCUAAAGAAACUAGAGGCCCAAGAAACACUGAAUGAGGAGGAUAAAGAAAAGAUGGGUAAAAUUAAAAAGAAGAUGAGGCGGAAGGUGCAGCGUGGAGAAUGCCAGACUACUGUCCAAGGGCAGACCAGAAACAAGCGAAAACAAGAGCCCAAGAACUUAAAACAGAAGGAAGAGAAGAAGAAAUCUAAGGUUGAGAAAGAGAAGGUAAAAACAAAGCAGGAAAAACUGAAGGAAAAAGUCAAGCGGGAAAAGAAGGAGAAGAUAAAAAUGAAGGAAAAGGAUGAGAUGGCCAAAGCUAAGCCAACUUGUAAAGCAGAUAAGACUCUAGCCAUGCAGAGGCGCUUGGAGGAACGACAGAGGCAGCAGAUGAUCUUGGAGGAGAUGAAGAAGCCCACAGAGGAUAUGUGUUUAUCUGACCACCAGCCUCUGCCUAUCUUCUCACGCAUCCCUGGUCUGUUACUGCCUAGUGGAGCUUUCUCAGAUUGCUUGACCAUAAUAGAGUUCCUGCACAGUUUCGGCAAGGUGCUUGGCUUUGAUCCUGCCAAAGAUGUGCCAAGCCUGGGAGUUCUACAGGAGGGACUCCUUUGCCAAGGUGAUAGCGCGGGUGAGGUGCAAGAUCUGCUGGUCCGUCUCCUGAAGGCUGCACUCUAUGAUCCUGGCUUGCCCUCCUAUUGUCAGUCUCUAAAGAUUUUGGGGGAGAAGGUAUCUGAGAUCCCACUGACGAGGGACAAUGUGUCUGAGAUCCUACGCUGCUUCCUGAUGGCAUAUGGAGUGGAGCCAGCCCUCUGUGACAGCCUUCGCACCCAGCCUUUUCAGGCCCAGCCACCCCAACAGAAGGCUGCUGUCCUAGCCUUCCUUGUGCAUGAGCUUAAUGGCUCCACCCUUAUCAUCAAUGAAAUUGACAAGACCCUGGAGAGUAUGUCCAGUUACAGGAAAAACAAAUGGAUUGUUGAAGGCCGGCUCCGGAGACUAAAAACUGCUCUGGCCAAACGAACUGGGCGUCUUGAAGUAGAGAUACAAAGCCCAGAGGAAGGCCUAGUGCGGAGGCGCAGUUCUCGGAUCAUGGAAGAAACCAGUGGCAUGGAAGAAGAAGAGGAGGAAGAUACUAUAGUAGUUGGCCGAGGCCGUAGGGGUCGAAGAGAUGGAGAGGUUGAUGUUUCAGCAUCCAGCAUCCCAGAGCUAGAGCACCAGGUAGAAAAACUCAGCAAGCGUCAGCUCUUCUUUCGCAAAAAACUGCUUCUCUCAUCCCAAAUGCUUCGAGCUGUCUCCUUGGGACAAGAUCGCUAUAGACGCCGCUAUUGGGUACUGCCUUAUCUGGCCGGUAUCUUUGUGGAAGGAACAGAGGGGACUCUACUUCCUGAAGAUACGAUAAAGCAGGAAACUGAUUCCUUAAAGGUGGCAGCCCAUCCAGCACCUAAUUCAUCCCUCUUUGUGAAGAAGGAAUUAGCAGACUGUAAUACCUCUGUUGGUUCUCCUGCCAGGGCUCGAGGCCGACCUCGAAAAACUAAGCCUGUAUCUAUGAGACCUAGGCACCUUAAAUCCCCUAUCAAGAGUCGAAAUUCAGAACAAUCUGAGACUAAGCCUGAGCUCCAGCCUCAGCCUGAGACCCAAUCCCCGCCCCAGCCCCAGCCUCAGUUUCAGUCCUACCCGUCGUCCCAUAAUGGGUUUCUAGAACCAGAAGGUUCCCCUUUGUCACUAGGUCAGAGUCAACAUGACCUUAGCCAGUCAGCCUUCCUAUCUUGGCUGAGCCAGACUCAGAGUCAUGGCUCCCUGUUGAGCAGCUCAGUCCUCACACCUGAUAGUAGCCCAGGAAAACUGGAUCCACCAUCAUCACAGCCCUUGGAAGAGGCAGAAACUGAUGAAACAGAAUCCAACCCUGAUCCUCAGACUCCCUGGCUUAGCUUCUCAGCCCAGAUGCCCUGCAAUGCUGCCCCUACACCACCCCCCGCAGUUCCUGAGGACCAGUCCACUCCUUCCCCUCAGCAUCCUGCCUCAUCCAAGCCAGUGAUUAGACCCAGUGCUGUCAAUUCCUGUUCUCCGGUGCAACUUUGUUCCACUCCCUUAUCUGCGGUACCCCCAAAGAGGCAAGCAGGAGACUUUAGAGAAAUGCCACAGAGUCCCACAGGGUUAGGACAGCCAAAACGGAGAGGCAGACCACCCAGUAAGUUCUUCAAACAGAUGGAGCAGCGUUACCUAACCCAGCUGACAGCCCAGCCUGUGCCCCCUGAGAUGCGCUCAGGCUGGUGGUGGAUUCAAGAUCCCGAGACAUUGGAUGCCACACUCAAGGCCCUGCACCCCCGAGGCAUCAGGGAGAAAGCCCUUCACAAACACCUUAGCAAGCACAGGGACUUCUUGCAGGAAGUCUGCCUGCGGCCCUCAAAUGAUCCCAUCUUUGAGCCGAGCCAGCUACCUGCCUUUCAAGAAGGGCUGAUGAGUUGGUCUUCCAAAGAGAAAACAUAUGAGGCAGAUUUGGCUGUGCUUCAGUGGGUUGAGGAGCUGGAACAGCGAGUUAUCCUUUCUGAUUUGCAGAUUCGGGGGUGGACAUGUCCUAGCCCAGAUUCUACCCGUGAAGACUUGGCCUACUGUGAGCAUCUACCCAACUCCCAGGAAGAUAUCACCUGGAGAGGUCGGUGUAGGGAAGGAUUGAUACCCCAGCGUAAAACUAACAACCCUCUGGACCUGGCUGUGACACGGCUGGCUGCACUGGAGCAGAAUGUCGAGCGGCGGUACCUGCGGGAGCCCCUCUGGUCAGCGCAUGAAGUUGUAUUAGAGAAGGCCCUGCUCAGUACACCCAAUGGUGCGCCGCAGUGCGCCACCACAGAGAUAUCAUAUGAGAUCACCCCUCGCAUUCGGGCCUGGCGCCAGACCCUGGAGCGGUGCCGAAGUGCAGCACAAGUGUGCUUGUGCCUGGGUCAACUGGAGCGGUCCAUUGCCUGGGAGAAGACUGUCAACAAAGUGACCUGUCUAGUCUGCGGGAAGGGUGACAAUGAUGAGUAUCUUCUGCUUUGUGAUGGAUGUGACCGUGGCUGCCACAUCUACUGCCAUCGGCCCAAGAUGGAAACUGUCCCAGAAGGAGACUGGUUCUGUGCUGUAUGUUUGGCACAGCAGGUAGAGGGAGAAUUAAUUCAGCAGCCUGGUUUCCCAAAGCGAGGCCAGAAACGGAAAAGUAGUUAUGCACUGAACUUCCCAGCGGCUGAUGGCCGCCAACGUCGAGUACUAUCAAGGGGCCGAGAAAGCCUCACAGUGCCUCGGUAUUCAGAAGGGCUGUCCCCGACCAAGCGGCGGCGACUCUCUGUGCGGAACCACCACAGUGAUCUCACAUUUUGUGAGAUUAUCCUAAUGGAGAUGGAGUCCCAUGAUGCAGCAUGGCCUUUUCUGGAGCCUGUGAAUCCACACUUGGUGAGAGGUUACCGACAAAUCAUCAAAAACCCCAUGGAUUUUUCCACCAUGAGGGAACGGCUCCUCCGGGGAGGGUAUACCAGCUCUGAAGAAUUUGCAGCUGAUGCCCUCCUAGUCUUUGACAACUGCCAGAUCUUCAAUGAGGAUGACUUUGAAGUGGGCAAGGCGGGGCACAUCAUGCGCCGCUUCUUUGAGAGCCGCUGGGAAGAGUUUUAUCAGGGAAAACAGGCCAAUCUGUGA